UCUCCUUCUUUUCUAAAAAGUACUUUCACAACUAACCAAGAAAAAAGACAAGUGCUGACUGAAAGACUCGAGUUGGAAUACAGAAUUACGAACACAUGGAACAGUAUGGUAGUGAUGCACACACCUGUGUCUCUCCGAUUUAAACCUGCAGUUCAAGGAUUAGUGAUGGAAGUGUGGGCCCCCUUCUUCAAUGACCCUCCAGCACCACCAGCUCCACCAGGGCAAGCCUUUAAUAAACUCUGGGAGUAUGAAGUUGUUGAAUCAUUUUUUUUGAACAGUCGGACCAAACAGUACCUUGAGGUGGAGCUUUGCCCGCAUGGGCAGCAUCUAGUGCUUCUGCUCUCAGAUCGUGAUGCAUUUAUGAAAGAACUGGAUUUACAGUUUGAAGCCAACAUAAUUGGAGAUCAUUGGAUUGGGACUGCACUUAUUCCUUGGGACUAUUUUCCACCCAGUGUUGACAAGAUGAAUUCCUAUGCAAUUCAUGGGUCUGGGACUGAAAGAACGUAUGAAGCUCUUUACCCAAUACCACCUGAAGAUAUUGAACUUGGACAAGAACCUGAUUUGUGA